AAAAAUGUUUGGAAAUCCAAGUACAAUCUCAAAAGCAGCACUAGCUCAGGUCAAAGUCGUCAAGAGCCACAUUCAGGAGUACCCAAUGCUUAUGUACGUCAAGUCAACAUGUCCAUAUUGCAAAAAGGCUAAAGAACUCAUGGAAAAGGGCCAGGUCGAUUAUAAAAAGUUCGUACUUGACCAACUUGAAGAAGGAAGAUUUAUUAAAGAAGCUCUAGUUGAGAUCACCGGUCAAAGAACCGUCCCUAACAUCUUCAUUGCUGGGAAGCAUAUAGGAGGGUUCUCUGAUAUCAAUGAACUGCAUGAGAAGAAUGAGCUUAAGCCUAAGCUUGACGCAGCAAAUGUUAAGAACAUCUUUUAA